GAAACGAUCCAGGUUGUUCUCAUAAUCCAUUUUACAUAUAUACAAAGGAACAAUCGAGAAAAGGUUGAGGAAGAUGGCUAUGGUGACGGAGGAGAUUAAGGCCAAGGCAGAGUUCUACCAGGGAGAUCAGAUUUGUCAAGAGAAGUCAAAAGAGUUGCUCAAGGAAAUACUGUUGCCUAAUGGCCUAUUGCCCUUGAAAGACAUAGUGGAAUGUGGGUAUGUGAGGGAGACUGGAUUUGUGUGGCUGAAGCAGAAAAAGGAGACAACCCACAAGUUUCAGAAGAUUGGGAAGCUUGUAUCCUACGCCACUGAAGUCACAGCAUAUGUUGAGCCCAACAAGAUCAAGAAGCUCACCGGGGUGAAGACCAAGGAGCUCUUGAUCUGGGUCACACUGAAUGAAAUCUCUGUGGAUGAUCCCCCUACAGGGAAGAUCACUUUCAGAACUCCUACAGGGCUGUUCAGGUCAUUCCCUGUGUCAGCAUUUGAAGUUGAGGAGGCUGUUAAGGAAGUGAAGGAAAACAAGGAAGUGAAGGAAGCUGUGGAGGUGAAAGAGGUCUGAUUUUUAGGACCUUUCGAGCUCAAAUCAAAGGGCCUUUAUCUGUAUCUGGGUAAUGUUUGUGAUGCUUAAUUUGUAGCCUUUUACUAGUUUUUCCUCAUAAUAAAAUGAUGUUUAUCAAUAUUUCAUAUAA